UGACGUCCGCAGUAAUGACGCGAACUUGACGCCAUCCAACUGCGACGGGAGAAGGCUCGCUAAGCUAGUUUUUAACCGCUCGGACUGGUUUAAUUUGCGUUUAUUCUUUUACAUUUAUUUACAUAUGUUGUGUAUUUAUCUUCUAAACACGAAUAUUGUGUAAAAUAUGGUCGCGGGAAUGAGGUCAUUUAAUCGUGAUAUGACUUUUAGCCUGUUUUGCUAACAGGAGUUUUGUUGUGUAGGGAAGAGAAAGGUGUUGUUUACUUUCCCAAAAUGAGGGACACGGUUUUCUAAGCUGUUUUACACUGAGGAUUAAACACCAUGAGCGACUCGGAGGUGGAAAGGACUAUGAUGGAGCGUCCUCCACGGCUCCAUGUGUAGUGACAAUCCAGAAGAUUAUGAUGAUGAAGACGUCGUUGAAGAUGUUGCUCAUCAGCCUGUUAUUAAAGUCAAUUUACCCACCAGGAUCAAGAUUCAACGCCCAGACUCGCCAGAAACAGGCGUCACCUCAGUCACACAAGACCGACAAACCAGUGUCCAUAAUGAGGGGGUAUACUUUACUGCUCAAAGGAGGCAGCCGUACCCAGAAGAAAUUAAUAUGGAGGUAGAAGAUAAUGAGAGUUAUGUGUUUCCGAGUGAAGCCCAAGGCAGAGAGACGCUGAAUAUUCAGACUGAACCAAGUGUUCCUGAACCCACACACUCUCCCUCUUCUACAGCAGAUUCGACAGAUGAACUUGCCCUGCCCUAUAUAUUCACGGCCAUGUUGAACACACUUAGGAUUCUUAACAUCGUGGAGCUGCAGUGUUUCGUGCGCACUCUGUGCUCUCAGUGUGACGGGCAGCUGGAGUUCCGGCAGCUGGAGCAGGAGGGUGAGAUCGACGUCCUGGACGUGGUGGACCGAAUGCUGGAGAAAUGGAGCAGAGGAGAGACGUUACACAACACCAUACGCACACUGUACGACAUCAACAAGCGAGACCUUGCUGCCAGUCUGGAGAGUGUGUGCAGAAGAGUUUGAACUGAGAGCCAGUCACAAGCGUCGUUAUUACAGUCUUUACGAAGGAAUCUGUCGCCCGGGGCAACAGCGCUACAUCAGGCACGUCUAUGUCGAGUCGUCCCUUGUGCUGGAAACUCCACAAAACGAUGGAACGUCAAUCCGCACCUGCGACCUCUUCUCUCCGCUCGCGAGCGAAGGUCAUGUCCGUGUCGUCGUGACAACAGGUGUCCCGGGCAUCGGCCUUUCAGUGGCAAUGCAGAUGUUCCUCAUGGACUGGACGGAGGAGCAGGCAUGUCAGGAGUUCCAGUUUGUUUUUGCUCUUCCGGGUCGUGACCCUCACCUGGUCAGAAACUCGGAUCAGACUUUCCUGGAGUUUCUUGCCGCGUUUUAUCCUGAAACAAAGAAAGCGGAAUUCCUGGCACGUGAAGACUGCCCUGUGCUGUUCGUCAUCGACGCGCUGGAGCUCUGCAAGCAACGUCUCGAUUUUCAGAACAAUCCAAGCAUCACCGAGAUCACGACUCUGGCUCCUGUGGACGCCCUUCUCACAAGUUUGAACAAAGGAGACUUGUUGUCUCACGCGUGCAUUUGGAUCACAGCCCAUCGUUCCACAUGUCAGAAAAUCCCCCAGAAUUGCAUUAGCAGGGUUACAGACCUGAAAGGAUUCGGCAAUGCACAGAGGGACGAGUACUUCACCAAGUCAGAGGUUUUCCAGGUCUGUACGACGCUUGCUAUUUUCCUCUAUUCUCCUGGAUUGGGUCGGUCGUUUUUGAGCAGUAUUUACAGAACCGAGGGAUCAACGAGCAAAUGCCAAAGCUCACCACUUUCUACGCGCAGUACGUGAUCGUGCUGACGAACCGGAAAAUCGAGCGCUACCUCGGUACGGGGAUCGAGGCUUCACGCUGGACAGAGGCAGAUAAACACUUCUUGAUGAAAAUGGGUGAGCUGGCACUGCAGAUGCUGUGUGAAAACAAGAACAUCUUUCAUGAAGACAGCGUGUCUCGUUUGCAACUGGACAUCGACGAUGUCACUCAUCAAGGCGGGAUCUCAUUCGAAACAGGCGAAUCCACCAGAGAAAAUAGGAGGAGCUUUGGGUUUGUCCACCACAGCAUUCAGAAAUUUAUGGCUGCAUUGUACACCUACGUAACGUUUCGGGUGACGGGAGAAAACGUUUUUGAGCCGAGAGGAAGAACGCGGACGGAGCGACCUGUCAGUGAGCUUUACAGACCCGUCAUUGACGCGGUGCUCGCCAGGCAGGACGCACACAUGGACCUCUUCCUGCAGUUCCUGUUAGGACUGGUGGCCGAAGAGACGGAGAUGCAGCUGUGUGGCCGCCUGCUGCCUCAGCGUCACCCGAAACCACAGGGUGUGGAGGGUGUGCUCAAGCAUGCGAGGAAGAAGAUAAAGGAGAACACCGUACCCGAGCGGUGUAGCAAUUUGGAACAGUGUCUUUCCGAGCUGGAAGAGAGCAAGCAUGUGCAAUGAGACAAGAACAAAAUGAAGAACUCUUCGAUAGAAGCACCUGAGGAAAAGAGUUUAUUCUAACAGUACACGUUUUAGUGUGUGGAGUGUUUACAGGAAAUUUUAUAGUGACUUCCUUCUGUAAGGCAGAGAGUUGCUUAAGCUGCUAAAGGCUUUCACAAGACUUCAACCUCAUCAUGUUUUCAUUUAGUGAAAAAGCAGCAUGCACCCGAGCGCCGGCUAUCAGCAGAGACCGUGGACGAGACCAUGUUGAAACUGCACGUAGUAUGAAAAAAUAUAGCUAGUUAUUGCUCCUUAUAUAGAUAUUUAAAUUGGGGAGUUGAAUGAAAGAACUAGAAUUUCUGCAGGAUUUACAUAACAUCCUUCUUCGUAACCAGACGGUGAACUGAUUACAUUUUGAAAUUAAUCCAAAGUGGUUCAAAGUUCCCAUUUAUUUGAAUGUGAGGGGAAGCGUUAAGUUUAGAGCGUUGCCGUAACAACGACAAGUCUUCUCUUGUCCAAGUUAAACAAGGUGCUAAAGUUAAUCCAACAUGUUAUGUGUAAAAUUCACAAGAAGGGAAUUUUCUCCCAUGAAGGGAAAUGUGCUUUCUGAAGCAGGUAAAAAUAUGAGAAUUUUCUGUGUGUUGGCUCCCGAAUCGUUUACUACUUAAAAACAGAGUGUCAGUCUCACUACAGCGUCCUCUCUGAAUCACUGAGGAGAUGUACACGACUCUGAAUCACUGAGGAGAUGUACACGACUCUGAAUCACUGAGGAGAUGUACACGACUCUGAAUCACUGAGGAGAUGUACACGACUCUGAAUCACUGAGGAGAUGUACACGACUCUGAAUCACUGAGGAGAUGUACACGACUCUGAAUCACUGAGGAGAUGUACACGACUCUGAAUCACUGAGGAGAUGUACACGACUCUGAAUCACUGAGGAGAUGUACACGACUCUGAAUCACUGAGGAGAUGUACACGACUCCACAUUAUUGACAGUUGCACCUUUUUGCCUCUUUGGCCAAAUAAUUUAUCCAUAAUGUAGACAGACAUCUACAAAGGACACUAAACAGAGGCUUGUUUUAUUAAAUAAUGACAAAUGUGUGUUUGUACGUUAUAAAGACGUUGUGAUUCGC